AUGACGCGACGCAUUGUGCGCACAAUAGUGCAGACUGCCACCGCCGCCCUCUUCACACUGAUCGUCAUCUUCUUCCUCGACCGCAACUUCCGCGUCCUCCCCGACGCCCUGCACGAGUACCUCCCAACCCACCACGCCGGCUCCGUCAUCACCGACAUCACCCUCACCAAAUGUUCCACCCUCAACCUCUUCUCGUCGUGCAAGCUCGACUCGGCCCUGUGGCACCGCAUCGACAAGGACCUGUACCUGCGCAAGACCCUGUUCUCGUCCGCCUACCUGCACGUCCAGCGCAAGCGCGAGGAGGAGCUGACGCCGGGGGAUAAGGUGGUAAUCGACGUCACCGUCGGGCGUUUGAACCCGGAUGUCGCUGCGGGGAAGAACAGCCACAACCGGAGGGACAAGGAGAAGGAGGAGGAGAAGUGGGAGGCCAGGCCGGGCGGCUUGUGGAUCAAGAGGAGUAAUAAGCGCGGCGUGAGCGACUCGAAGAGUGCCGUGACCGCCGUGGACGUGCUAUUUGGCGAUGAUGCCGUCGAGGCGAGGCCCGGGUGGGAGAUAACGGGGACCGCGAUGCUUUUGGAUAUCGGGUCGGGGGUCCCGGGGGCUCAUGUCACGGUGCGGAGGGGCGAAGCACAGGAGCCAUACAAGCCGGUGCCGAAGAUUAGGGAUAACGGCAGGUUCAAGAUCAUGCAGUUGGCCGACCUGCAUUUGAGCACGGGAGUUGGACAGUGCAGGGAUGCGCUGCCCGAGGAUUGGAACGGCGGCAACUGCGAAGCCGACCCCAGGACGCUCGAAUUCGUCAUCAAGAUUCUGGAGGAGGAGAGGCCAGAUUUAGUAGUCCUCAGCGGAGACCAAGUUAAUGGGGAUACUGCGCCGGAUACACAGUCCGCCAUCUUCAAAUACGCACAACUGCUCAUCAAGCACAAGAUCCCCUAUGUCUCCAUAUUCGGGAACCACGACGACGAGGGUUCCAUGUCCCGCGCAGCACAAAUGGACUUGAUUGAGACCCUCCCCUACUCGCUCUCCAAAGCCGGCCCCGCAGAUGUCGACGGGGUAGGCAACUACUACAUCGAAAUCCUGGCCCGCGGCGGCUCCGGCCACUCGGCCAUCACGGUCUACCUGCUCGACACGCACUCGUACUCGCCCAACGAGCGCCAAUUCAAGGGCUACGAUUGGAUUAAGAAGAACCAGAUUGACUGGUUCCGCACCACCGCCCAGGACCUCAAGAAGAAGCACAAGGAGUACACCCACCACCACAUGGACGUCGCCUUUAUCCACAUUCCCAUCCCGGAGUACGUGCUACCGAACCUGACGUUAGUGGGAGAGUGGAAGGAGCCGAGCACGGCGCCGGCUUACAAUUCCGGUUUCUAUGAUGCCCUGGUCGACGAGGGCGUCGUCAUGGUUAGCUGCGGGCAGUACGUAUCUCCGUCCCCUAAAAUGGCCGUUUCGCCCGUCGAGGCCUCAAUUGACUUGCUUUCUAGCGACCACGUGAACGAGUAUUGUGGUCUGUCGCACCACGAAGAAGGGAACCCUGCCCUCUGGAUGUGCUACGCCGGGGCCACUGGGUUCGGCGGCUACGCGGGAUACGGCGGCUUUCACCGCAAAAUCCGCAUCUUCGAUUUCGAUAUGAACGAGGCGCGCAUCACGACUUGGAAGCGGGUCGAGUACGGGCCGGAUGUGAACAAGCGCAUCGAUGAGUUGAUACUUGUCGAUGCGGGCAAAGUGAGGGCGCCGAUGGAAGAGUGA